AUGUCCCGGAUCUCGGCUCCUACUAUCUUCACCAAUGCUCGCAUCUUCCAAGGCGAUACAUCCACCGCAGAAGCAGACUUCCAAUCUUCACUUGUCAUACAGAAUGGCAAAAUCACUUUUGUCGGCCAUGCCGAAGCGCCUGAGAUUACAUCCCUCCUCAACUCAGGGAUUCCGUCCCAAGACCUGAAUGGGAAAUUUAUCCUUCCGGGCUUCAUUGAUGCACACAUGCAUUUUCUCAUGCUAGGCCAAUCGCUGCAUAAAGUCGAUUUGGACCACGCAAAAGAUCUCGAGGAGAUUCGAGCGCGCAUUACCAAGUAUGCGAAAGAGAAUCCAGACAAGCAGCGCAUACUAUGCAAAGGUUGGAUGCAUAGCAUGACUAAUGGCGAGGCGAAAGCCAGUAUGCUAGAUGAUCUGGAUCCAAGGCCAAUAUAUAUUGACUCCAAGGACAUCCAUUCCUGCUGGUGUAAUACCGCGGCGCUAGAAGAGAUGAAAGUCCAAGAUAUGAAAGACCCCGCAGGUGGUACCAUUGAGCGCGAUGCAUCUGGCAAGGCAUCAGGACUCUUGAGUGAGGCUUGUGUCUUGUUGAUUGUCUGGCCGCAUCUCGCCAAGGUACUUCCAGUGGAGGAAAAGAUGGCGGCACUGAGAUCUGCAAUCAAGGCGUAUCACGAGGCUGGCUGCACGGGGUGUAUCGAUAUGGCAAUGGAUGAGAAUGCGUGGGAAGCAAUUCUUGCACUACAAAACGAUGAGGGAGGGCAUCUUCCACUUCGAAUAGCUGCACACUGGUGCAUACUUCCCGGAGACGGGGAGGCACAUCGAUUACAGCAAGUGGACCGCGCUAUUGAAUUAAGCCGGAAAUUCAACAGCGAGACCAGUCCAGACUUGAGAAUCGUUGGUAUCAAAAUCAUCUGUGAUGGAGUCAUUGACGCUUGUACUGCUGCCCUGGCCGAGCCCUACACUUCAAAUGGCCACUUUGAAGGCCCAAUCUGGACACCCGAGAUGCUGGACCCCGUAGUAAAAAAGACAUGCGAAGCCGGCCUACAGUGCGCCCUUCAUGCCAUUGGCGACCAAGCAGCCCACAACGCCGUCAACGUGCUGGAAAAGUACGGAAAACCAGGCCAACGACACCGCAUCGAGCAUCUCGAACUCACUGCGCCAGAAGAUGCGAAGAGGCUCGGCCAACUGGGCAUCACAGCUAGUAUCCAGCCCGUCCACUCCGAUCCAGCGAUACUACGUGCGUGGCCUAGACUCCUUGGCCCCGAGCGCGUCAAGCGUGCCUUUGCGUACUCUGAAUUCGCAGACCACGGUGCGCCUUUGGCUAUUGGUUCCGACACUCCAACUGCACCCUACGCACCACUUCCCAAUCUCUACGUAGCGACAACCCGCAAGUCAGCACGACAGCCGCAGGCUGGUGACGAGCCUGUCAAUGCGAACUUUCGCUUAGAGUUGACGCAGGCUGUGAGUGCGGUCACCAAGGGCGCGGCUGUUUCUUGUUUCGCAGAGGAGCGUAUGGGCAGCUUGGAGGUGGGUAUGCUUGCGGACUUUUGUAUCGUGGAUAUGCGGUGGAAGGAUGACGAGUUGUUGCAGGCCAAGGUGGUGGAGACGUGGUUUGCGGGUCAAAGAGUGUUUUCGGCGUGA